AUGGAAGCCACGCGAUUAGACGCGUUCCUCGCCGUCCUCAUGCUCGCCGUCGCGCUGCCCUUCAGCAGCUUUCCCCAACGCUCGUGGGCCGCCAAACCGCCAGACCCAGCGGCUGUGGCGGCGCCGGUAGAGGCGGCGGCGGCGGCGGCGCGGCUGAACUACAGCGAGGCGCUAGAAAAAUGCAUUUUCUUCUUCCAGCUGCAGCGUUCUGGUAGACUGCCGCGCUCGCAGCUACCCACGUGGCGUGGCGACUCGGGACUCACGGAUGGCAAGGCGGAAGGGGUGGACCUGACGCGCGGGUACUACGACUCGGGCGACAACGUCAAGUUCGGCUUCCCGCUCGCCUUCACCGUCACCGCGCUCGCCUGGAGCGUCGUCGAAUACGGCGCGCAGCUCACGGCGCUCGGGCAGAUCAAGGCGGCGCGCGACGCCGUGCGGUGGGGCGCGCACUUCUUCGUGCACGCGCACCCCAAACCCAACGUGCUCUACGCGCAGGUGGGCGACGGGCAGUCGGACCACAGCUGCUGGCAGCGCCCCGAGGACAUGACCACGCCGCGCACCGCAUACCGCCUCGACCCUCAGCACCCCGGCACCGAGCCCGCUGCCGAGGCGGCGGCAGCACUGGCGGCGUCGAGCAUGGUGUUUGGCAAGACAGACGCCAACUACUCCAAGUCGCUGCUCACCCAUGCGCGCCAGCUGUUCAACUUCGCGCGCAAGUACCCGAAGAAGUACACGGACAGCAUCCCCUCCGCCUCCGCCUUCUACAACUCCUACUCCGGCUUUAAUGACGAGUUGCUGUGGGCGGCGGUGUGGCUGUACCGCGCCACGGGGGAGAGGCGAUAUCUGGACUACAUCGUGACGAACGAGAAGCAGCUGGGCGGCACGCAAUCGUCAGUGCAGAACUUCUCGUGGGACAACAAGUAUGCCGGCGCUCAAGUGCUGCUCGCUAAGGAGUACCUACGGCGGCAGGACCCGGCACUGGAGCUGUAUCUGAAGCGCGCCAAGGACUUUGUGUGCGGCACCGUGGUGCGCGGCAUCAGAUCACCAGGAGGCAUGCUGUUCCUCAUGUCGUGGAGCAACCUGCAGUACGUCACGGCCAUCAGCAUGGUGCUCUCCACCUUUGCUGACAUCCUUGAUGCCGCCCCUGCCAGCGCCGGCAACGCCACGGCCAUCAUGUGCGACUCCACGCCCGUCACCACCACCGCCAUGCGCCGCUUCAUCAAACGCCAGGUGGACUACAUAUUGGGCGUGAACCCCAAGAAGCUGAGCUACAUGGUGGGCUUCUCCUCCUCGUACCCUCAGCGCGUGCACCACCGCGGUGCAUCCCUGCCGUCCAUCUGGGUGAACAACACGCGCAUGGGCUGCAACGACGGCUGGCCCGCCUUCAAGUCCAAGGCCCCGAACGUGAAUGUGCUGACGGGGGCGGUGAUAGGCGGGCCGGACAGCAGCGAUGCGUUCCGGGACGAGAGGGACAACUACCAGCAGGUGGAGCCCUCCACCUCCAUCAACGCCCCCUUCGUUGGUGUCCUCGCCCGCGUUGCUGGAGGCCCCCCCAAGGCUAGCCCUCCACCUGCCUCCCCCAAGGCCCCCCCUCCUCCCCUCAAGGCACCACCACCUCCUGCUGGCAAGCGCAAUGCCAUCAGUAGUGCGUUGCUAGACGCUCUGCGGCUACCGCUGGACGCGCGUGCGCAGGUCGUUCAGAAAGGCGCGCGCGCGCGGUGGUGGUGCACGGGGAUGGGGAAGAAGGGGAAGGGGAAGCCGGGGAAGGGGAAGGAGAAGACGGAGCGGAAGACGGCGAAGGCGGAGGCGAAGAAGCAGCGGCGCGAGGAGAAGAAGGUGGACGAGGAGGACGACGUCGACGCCAUCCUGGUGCGCGCUGGGAGGGGGGUGCUGGGGAGCAGGGGCAUGGGGGGAAGGGGGUGA